CAGUGUAAAACAUGAAGUUUAUGGAGAGAGAGAGACAGACAGAGUGUGUAAUGUAAAGACUGAAGUGAUAGUCAAGAUGAAUGCAGAGGAAGACUAUAUAUCGUGUCAACAUCCUGGAUGUAAAGAUGAACACAGGGCUGUCAAAAUCUGUCAUCAUCCACAAUGUGUUGAAUUAAAUAAAGAUCAGCCAUUAUUAUUAUGUCGAACAUGUGAUACAGAUAUACAUUCGAAACCAGAUUUUAGUGGUCAUUUAGUUUUAGAUGCUCCUAGAAAAAGAAAACCAUUUAGUCCACCUAUACGACGUACUCCAGAUAUUACCACCACCAAUAAUAGCAAUAGUAAUAGUGACGGUGAAGAGUCCGAAGAAGAGGGUGAUACUGUUGAUGGUGGUGAUACUGUAGAUGGAUUGUUUGUUAAAGAAAAGAGAAGGUCAAAGUCUCCGAGUGAAAUACAGAAGAAAUUAUUGAAGAGAAAACGAGCAUUGAAGAAAAGACUUCUCUCAUCAUCUAAAGUAGAGCAGGAUGUAGACAAAAGUCCAGAAUCGGAGGACAAUAUGGCCAAUUCUUCCACACAGGAAUCCGAUAAUCCAGAUCCCAGUCCUGAACCGAGGGAGAAAGAAGUCCAGGAAGUCAAUGAGAAUUCAAUAUUUGCUCUAAAUUUUCCUGAAAUUGGUUCUCCUCUUAGGUCACCUGUUCGACGACAAUCAAGGAUUGGUGCAGAUGAAUUUUUUACAUUACGAUUCUCCGAUGAUGACAGUGAUGUUGUAGUGGUGGCUGCUCUAAAGAAUCAACAAUUAAGAGAGGCAAUGAUGCCAAUACUGAAUGAACGUAAACUGGAUAUACGUAGAUUUGAUGUUUACGUAGCCGAUUCAAAUACACCAUUACCAAUGGAGUGCAAUACAUUUUUAUUAGCUGGUGCUACUUUACGUGUGAAAGAAAAAGAUGUUGAUGUUUUCAAUGGCAAACAGUCCAAGACAAACAGCAGCAAUAAAUCGUCCAAUAAAAGUUCCAAAUCAUCAGGGAGAAAUGGGCGACGAGAAUCGGCGUUUACACCACCCACCACGCAUUUGGAACCACCGCCGCAACGACAACGUCGAGGCUCCUUACAGUUACCAUUUUCCUUCUUCCCUAAAAAUGAUGGUGGCAGUACCAAAUAUGGUGAAGGGGUUAAAUUCCCUGAUGAUACCUUUGGUAGUUUGCGAGGGAAUAAGCGAAGUAAUUUAUCAAUAGACGACACAUUUGCCUUUCUACCUACAACCAGUCCAGGAGGAACAUUAUCGUACAGCGAAGGGAAGAAAAUCAAAGCUCAAAAUAAACUCUCCAACCUCUUUAACCCUCCAAAUAAGGAUCGAGAAAAACAUGAACAACUCAACGAACUUUUAACCAGCUAUAGUACACAUGGAUUACCUCCCUUACAUCCACUUGUUGCUGUUGGAAAGACUCCGUUUAAAGAAGAGAAUUUUUAUCUGGAGCAAGACUGGAGACAUAUUGUUGACAAUUCAGCAGAAUUGUCUAAAACCCAGCACGAUCAACAAGAAGCUAUUUGGGAGCUGAUUGGAACAGAAAGAUCUUUUAUACAAAAUCUCAGGGUUAUUACAUCUGUUUUUAAAAAUUGUUUAUUAAAUAUACAGAACAACCAGUUAUUAUCAGAGAUUGAAACCGAACAGUUAUUUAGCAAUAUCGAUGAUUUAGAAGAAGUAAAUUGUCAGUUUUGGGAGAAAUAUAUUUUACCGGUUUUACAAGAAAGUCGAACGUCUCAUCAACCACUUAAUCCGUCAUUAUUUAAACAUGGUUUUACCACUAAGUUCUCUAAAUUAUUUUUUCCCUAUACAAAAUGGUGCAUGGAUCAGAAGAAUUGUGUGGACUAUCAGAGAACAAAAUACAACGAAAAUGAACUUUUUAAAACAUUUGUUGUGUGGGCUGAAGCCCAGAAACAGUGUAACAGAUUAAAGUUAACAGAUCUUCUGGCUAAACCUAUGCAGCGUUUAACAAAAUAUUGUCUCUUGGUUAACGCCAUCUUAAAGAAAACUGAAGAUGAACAGCAACAGAAAGAUUUACAGGCAAUGAUUGAUUGUAUAGAUAGAUUUGUUACACAUGUAAAUCAACAGUUAAGAAACCAGCAAGAUCAAGAAAGAUACGAAGCCAUUAUAACAAAGAUAGAGCCGUACGAGGCUGUGGAGGCACCUAAUGAAGAAUGUGUCAGGAUUCUUCAAGAAUACAAUUCGAACUUCGACCUGCGAGCACCAAUGCCAGGAAUUAAUCAGAUAGGAAGAAAACUCCUGAUGCAGUCAGCUCUCCGUCUCAAAGAACCUCAAGCUAGGAUGGAUGUUGAUUGUUUUCUGUUCACUGAUCUCUUUCUAAUCUGUAAAUCUAAUAAAAGAAUGGAUAAGUAUAAAGUGAUGAAACCUCCGAUGAGAUUGGACCGAAUACUUGUACAUGAUCUGAAAGAUAAAGGGAGUUUUCUGUUAAUUUAUUUGAAUGAAUACCAUGUGCCUUGUACAGCGUAUACAUUCCAUGCUAAUGAAUCAGCUGUAAAAUGCUGGUUAGAAUAUAUUAGAAAAGCUCAGGGUGCUUACAAUGAUGCCAGAACUAGAAUGGACAGGGAAAGGGUUAACAAACCUAUAUACAGUAUGGAACAAGUCGAAUAUACACCUCUAGAUAAAUAUUCUUUAUCGGGAGACACAGAUGAAUACUCGCGCACAGAUAGUGUCGAAUCAACUGACGGACGAUUUAUACCCAAUAUUAUAAAAACAGCUGCUACUCCGGUAACUGAUCAAGAAAACUUUUCACAAGAUUCAAGUCGUGAAGAUUCGAGUGAUGCUACGCUAUGUUCGGAGGAGUCAUAUGGUGACCGAAAUGGAAAAAUUUCUCCAUCUAGUAAUUCACCCACAAAUGACGCUAAACACACAUUAUUAAAUAUUUCAAAAAGCGUGCCAACUAACAAUGUUCUCAAUCUUUCAAUGAUGUCUCAUAUGUCAGACAGUGAUCCCGAUUUCUCAGAUAUAUUGGACGAUGAUUCACAAGCGAAAAAUAAUUCACGGAGAAUCUCAAGAACGCGUGCAGAGAAGCGUUAUCACACAGCGGACUCGAUUCAAGAUAUGAACAAAAAAGACAAAGACAGUAGUAUAUACAAACGAUUGUCGUGGAAUUAUGGGAUGGGAGAUAUUAUGGAUAAACAUUCUUUACGAAACAAAGCUAUGAGCACAGACUCCAUUCGUAGUUAUCCUUCCUCAAGUGGUGUUAGUUCCACAGGUUCGUUACAUAUUCAUACGGAGAGUGAAAUCAGUGAAGAGGUUGAGAGCGGAUUAAGUCCCGAUUGUUCUCGUCAUAUCCAUCACGAUGCUUCUUCCUCAAUUGACAGUAGUGAUUUAGAAACUGUGACUUUAACACGCGAGACGAAAAAGUCCAAAUCAAAGUCCACAUCGGAUAUUGUCCAAAUGUUGAACGAUAUUCGUACCAGCGACCAGGAACAUGGAAUAUCAUCUGUAGAUUUACCAGAAAUAACAAAUCGAAAGAAACUCACACAUGCUCAGAUAGUAAAAAUGAAGAAACAACUAUUACUUAACUCUAAUGUUGAAGCCUCGGAGGUUUGAUGAACAUAGGAUGUUAAUAAAACUGUGAUUAAGUAGAAAGAUCUCUCUGAUCUCCUAUCUACAGUCAGGGAAAGAUGAUGCUUCCUUCAGGACUUCACAAGACAUAUCUCCCUUUACAGAACCAGAUGACAACAGUCUGUCUUCUAUAUAUCGGUGCAGCUCAACUACACGGAGGACACUUCUUAGAGAUAUUGAAAUUAUAAGAAACCACGAUACACGAGUCCACUGAAGUUCUUUCUGAUCACCCAUCUCAGUUAAAAUGUUUACUGGUAACAUCUUAGGAUACCAGUGAUACAUCUUUACCUUUGUCCAUUAAUGUGGGACUUGCAUCUCCAUGAUAAAUGUCCAGUCCUAGAGAAGGCAAAGUGUGUGUUUGCUCUCCAGAACCGACAGACUGGAUUCAGAUAUUGUUGAUUUUUGCAUAACCUAAUUUAAAUCAAUAAAUAUGGGAUUUUGUUGGUUGGAUUUCAAUGGAUGUAUAUGAAAAUCUUUAAUUUGUACUAAUGGAAUGUUUGGUCAUUUCGAUGAUCUCCUUCAAAUAAUAAAUGCCCAUAAUAUAUUGCAUUUAGGGGAUAAGCAAAUGUUAGUAUCACCCUGACAGGAAGUGGACAUUAAGACCUGCGAACAAUUGAAUUGGUAGUAAAUUGUUAAGAAAUUACAAGCAUUACAAUGAAUAAUAGUUAGUGGCCACUUUGAUUGUAAGAGUAGUAAGCCCCAUGAACAAUUGAAUUGGUAGUAAAUUGUUGGAAAUUACAAGCAUUACAAUGAAUAAUAGUUAGUGGCCACAUGGAUUUGCUUAGUAGUAAGCCCCAUGAACAAUCGAAUUGGUAGAAAUUAUGAGCAUUACAAUGAAUAAUAGUUAGUGGCCGCUUUGAUUGUAAGAGUAGUAAGCCCCAUGAUUAAUUGAAUUGGUAGUAAAUUGUUAGAAAUUACAAGCAUUACAUUGAAUAAUAGUUAGUGGCCACUUGGAGUGUAAUAGUAGUAAGCCCCAUAAACAAUUGAAUUGGUAGUAAAUUGUUGGAAAUUACAAGCAUUUCAUUGAACUUUAUUUAGUGGCCACAUGGAUUGUAAUAGUAGUUAUUUGUUAGAUAUUGUUAGAAGCUGGAAAUGGGCGUUAUGUGUUCAGAGAAUGGAGUAAACAUAUCUCAAUAUUUAGAGAAUAUCAGUGGAUUAAAACCACACCGUUAAAUCAGUGCUUUCAAGAUUAAUGUAUAAAUUUGUACAUUAUAGUCUGUAUUUAUAUAUAAAUAAAUAUACAUUUAUUAAUUGAUGUUCCUUAAUUUGCAAAUACAUGUAUAAAAAUAAAAUUAAGAUCAUUUGUUAUAUAUAGCGUUAAUUGUAUUACCAAAUGGGAUAACUAAAAUUUUGUGUUGAAGCUAGACUUCUUGUUGGAAAGAUGCAACCUGCUUUAAGAGUAUCACAGAAAUUUAGGACAGCAGUGUCUUCAAUAUCACUUCUUGUCAAAGGAGACAGUACAAAACAACCAGAAAGCAAGAAGGACAACUGCCAUUGGAUUGCCAUUUUCAAUAACAGUUUGGCAUGAGAGUCUAGCUUUAAAAACUAUUACAGAAAUAUUGGACAGUUGCAACUAGUGUUGAAAUAGCAGUUGCAAUUACUGUCCUGACAGUUCCUGCUUUAAAAAUAAUAGAAACGGACAAACAAAAUGUUAUCAAAUACCUCUAUAUUUUAAAUUUAAA